AUGUCGGAGACCAAGGUUGAAAAAAUCCGAUUCGAAAGACUCAAACUUGUGUGUCGAAAAGCACUUGAACAACUGAUCAAAAAGUCACUAUCGCCUGAGCAAUUCAAGCUUUGCUUUCCAACAAUUGCUGGAACAGAUGAGGGCAUUCGAUCACUCGACCUUGCCAGAAGCCAGAUGAUUGGUUUCUGGCAUGAAAACACGCUUAAAGAGUUCGACUUAAUUUUCCAAGAACGAAAUAUCGACACGAAAUUAAAUGAGUUGGAUGAAAUCAUCCAGACAGCCCAACGUAGAGAACAGAGCCAGCUGGAAUUGCCAGCACAAAUCGACAAGUUGACCCCCACAGAGUUAAUAAAUUCGACCCUUUUAGAUGGAAGCGAGUCUUCGCUCGAGAAUUUGUCGAUGAUCUACAACCAAUUGUGUAUUGAUAACAAAGAAAUGUAUACAGAACUUCAGAAAUUAAGUAUCGAAAGUGACGACUUGAAAACGGAUAUCAACAACCUGUUGGAGACAUUGAGAAAGGAAGUGGAAGUGAUAGACAGCAGAAAAGACAAGUUAAACUUGGAUGAGUUGAUAGAAAAAUUGGGCCAGUAG